UAAAUCACUUCAGCAAUGUCUUCAUACCCAUGUAUCGAUCAUGAGCUGAUGAUGUAUUGCCCUUUGGAAUUUGUACAGGGAUGCAGGCCACCUCCAAUAGAUUUUGUAGGCACUUCCACCAAAAUCACACCAUACUCUUCCCAAAAUCCGAGUCCACUAUCGUCAUCCUUUCCGAGCCCUAUUCCAUCAUACCAAGUCAGUCCAUCCUCCUCUUCCUUUCCUAGCCCAUCUCGUAAUGAUGCCAACAAUUCCUCUUUCCUCAUUCCAUUGCUGCGGAAUGCCAUUCCUUUGUCUCUUCCUCCUCUCCGAAUCUCAAACAGCGCCCCUGUAACCCCUCCCCUCUCAUCACCAACUUCAAGAAAUGCUAAGCCAAUCCCCAAUUGGGAAUCCAUUGCCAAAGAAUCCAUGGCCUCCUUUAGUUACCCGUUUGGUGCUAUUUCUGCCCCAGCAAGCCCAACUCACCGUCAGCUUCAUACUCCAGCUACUAUACCUGAAUGUGAUGAGUCUGAUUCAUCCACCAUUGAUUCUUGUCAAUGGUUGAACUUCCAAACGUAUAUGCUUUCAACAUCUACAGUCCCAACCUCUCCAACCUUUAAUCUUAUGAGACCUGUUGCUCAGCAAAUUAUAACCAACAAAUCAAUCAAUGAGAUGGGGAGAAGUACAGAGUUCGACUUUGGAGGUGGACAGGUUAAGCCAUGGGUUGGAGAGAAGAUUCACGAGGUAGGAUUGGAUGAUCUGGAGCUCACACUUGGAAGUGGGAAGGCUAAGAUUUAGAACACUUGUGGAAUAUCUGGGUUGCGGAAGAAUAGAAGAAAAGAGAUCAUAUGCUUGUACAUGGUUCACUGAGCUUGGUAUUCAACUGCAUUUUGCAGUUGAGUCAAUUCUUUUCACUGUGAAUUGCAUAUCUUUGAACCAAACUUGUAAUGUGGGACUAUAAUUCUAAGUUUGUUUUAUUCCUUUAUAUAGUGAUAAUUAAUUAAUUUGUUUGUGUUGUUUAA